ACUCUCCUCUCUGUUUUUUUAUAUAUAUGUUAGUCAAUAGUCAAUGACUCUCCCUCCCUCUCUUUCUCUCAUUCUUUCCAUUGUGGACUCUCCUUCUCUCGCAGAGUGUGUGAGGAAGAUAUAGAGUUAAGUAGGUGGAUUAAGGGUAGAUGGCAGCAGAAACAAGAUCGCCCGUACCGUUGCUGUACCGGAGAAGAUCAAGUGGGGAGAUAAUGAGGAAUAUGGCUUCUGUGUCCAGCAGUCUUUUGCCAGCUUUUGGCACUGUGGUUGGUGAUGGAUCUCCUCUUCUUCGUAGCUAUAUUAUUGCUCCUUAUGAUCGCCGAUACAGGUGGUGGCAAGCAUUUCUAGUCAUACUGGUCAUAUACUCUGCAUGGUCAUCUCCUUUCGAAUUAGCCUUCAAAGAUGUUGCUACUGGAUCACUUCUUCCUGUUGAUUUGGUCGUCGAUGCCUUCUUCGCCAUUGAUAUCAUCCUCACUUUCUUCGUAGCUUACCUCGACAAAUCUACGUAUUUGCUUGUAGAUGACCACAAGCAGAUAGCUGUACGGUAUGUCACACAUCUAUGGUUCCCCAUGGAUCUUGCAUCGACGCUACCAUUCCAGACUAUAUACCGCAUCUUUGCUGGUGAAAUGCACCAUGGAGAAGUUUUUGGUUUUCUCAAUUUGCUCAGGCUCUGGCGACUCAGGCGUGUCAGUGAACUCUUCUCUAGACUAGAGAAAGACACACGAUUCAGUUACUUCUGGACAAGAUACUGCAAACUUAUAGCUGUGACAUUAUUUGCGGUGCACUCAGCAGCUUGUUUCUACUUCUGGCUUGCUAUCCAUCAUAAGAUACCAGAGCAAACAUGGAUUGGAGCUCAAGUUGAUAACUUUGAAAAUAGAAGCAUUUGGUUGGGAUAUACUUAUGCAAUGUAUUGGUCCAUUGUGACGCUUACUACAACUGGUUAUGGAGACUUGUAUUCGAAAAAUACAGGAGAAAAAGUUUUCAACAUCUUCUAUAUGCUGUUCAAUAUAGGCCUCACUGCUUACUUGAUCGGAAACAUGACCAAUCUCAUUGUCCAUAGUGCUAUUAAAACAUUUGCCAUGAGGGACGCCAUCAAUGAGGUGUUGAGAUAUGCGAGCAAGAACCGGCUUCCAGAAGGUUUGAAAGAGCAAAUGCUGGCACACAUGCAACUCAAGUUUAAAACAGCAGAAUUACAGCAAGAAGAGGUGCUUGAAGAUCUGCCAAAAGCGAUCAGAUCUAGCAUUGCUCAGCAUCUUUUUCAUAAAACUAUAGAGAAUACCUACCUUUUCAGAGAUGUCUCCGACGAUCUUAUCAGCCAGCUGGUUUCGGAAAUCAAAGCAGAAUAUUUCCCACCCAAGGUUGAAAUUAUUUUACAGAAUGAAAUUCCAACAGACUUUUACGUUAUAGCUUCUGGAGCUGUGGAUGUAGUGACACAAAAAAAUGGAAUAGAGCAGUUUGUAACAAAAUUAAGCUCAAAGGAGAUGUUCGGGGACAUUGGGGUUAUAUUUAACAUUCCACAACCUUUCACAGUGAGAACCAGAAGGCUUUCUCAAGUGAUUCGGAUAAGUCAUCAUAGUUUCAAGGAUAUGAUGCAGCCGCAUAACGAGGAUGGACAGAAGAUCCUUAGAAACUUUAUUCUGUAUUUGAAGGGUUUACAAAAAGAGGUUCUGGAUGAGAUACCAUUUUUAUCGGAUAUGCUGGGUGACUUGAAUAAUGAGCAUUCAGGAUUACUUGACCAGUCGCAAGAAAUUGAACCAUCAAAUUAUGAUCAAGGAGAAAAUGCACAAGGAUCACAUGUAGAUUCUGCAUUUCAAAGUGCAUAUCCCAUAAGAUUAGUGAUCCAUGGGCAUCACCCAGAUCUUGAAACAGAAGACAAGGGAACUGGAAAACUUAUCCAUCUGCCUGAAUCAAUGGAAGGCCUUCUGAUGUUAGCAGAAAAGAAGUUUGGGAAAAAAGGAGAUAUAGUACUCAUGGAAGAUGGUUCUCAAGUAGAAGAUUUGGAUGCUUUAAGAGAAAAUGAUCACCUGUACAUCUUCUGAUCAGAACAAAAUAACAUUGAGGUCAGAGUCAGCUCAGACACAUUACACUUGCGGUUACUUAUGUGAAUUUGUGUAAUGUAAAAGCAUAUACAUAUCUGAAUGAAAAAUAAUACAGCAUUUGAGAGGUA